AUCAAUCUACACAUUAUAUUAAAUAACUUUUCCCAAAGUUUGGAGCAUUUCCUGAAAACCCUCAAAGGUAUUAAUUUUUUUCCCUCUCUCUUUAAAACACAAAGCAAAAUUCCACUGUCCCUCAGCCCCCCCUUCUAAAAAAAAAGUUGUCGAGUUUUGCUUUUCUAUUCACUGCAGUCCUGGCCAAAGUAAAGCCCUCUUUCUCAAUGACGUCAAGAUCUUUACCAAGAUUAGGCUUUCAUUUCUCUAUUGCAGCAAUUAGCCAGGGAAUGUAUAAAAGGCUUCAGGGAGACUCACUGGGCUGCAGGGAGAGAGGCACUUUGCACCACAGACUGAUAGCACGAAGGAAAAGCCAGAGGGAGUGCGGGAAAAGAGAGGAGUCAGUCGCUCCUGGGGAAGGGAGAGAGGGAGACAGGCUGGGAGAAGGAGAACAGAAAGUGUGUGUGAAACGGAGUAAAGAAGGGAAAAAACUACCCUAAAAAGCACAUUUUAAAAACUCUGGCAAUUCCAGAAAGAAACAGGCUACGUUUCUGAACAUAGAGACAAUGGAAAGCUAAAGAAAAUUUUGCAAUCUCUGCCACAGUCUCAUAGGUGCUUGGAAAUGAAAGUAGAGCUGCCUGUCUUGAACCGACUCUGAGAGGGGUAACUGGAUUAGGGACGGGUACGCCAGUUUUUUUUUUUUUAAACAUCUUAAAUCCUGAAAAAAAAAAGGCAGCAGCUCGGAAUUGAAUGAAUUGAUGGGCACACUCCAACUGCUGGGCUGGAGAGACUGGACUUGGUCUUGCCAUUUCUGCUUCUUUGAAAAAGGAGACAACUUGGGCUUCCUUUUAAUUUAGUUUUUCUCCUUCUCCCCCACCCCCAGCCUUCCCCCUUACCCCCCCACCCCCUCUAUCACCACCCCCCUUUUAAAUAAGAGGGUGAAGGGGAACCAGAGCGCACAAGGGAACUGACCCAGGAGGCAGAGAAGAUGGGCAUCCUCAGCGUAGACUUGCUGAUCACACUGCAAAUUCUGCCAGUUUUUUUCUCCAACUGCCUCUUCCUGGCGCUCUAUGACUCGGUCAUUCUCCUCAAGCACGUGGUGCUGCUGCUGAGCCGCUCCAAGUCCACUCGCGGGGAGUGGAGGCGCAUGCUGACCUCAGAGGGAAUGCGCUGCAUCUGGAAGAGCUUCCUCCUCGAUGCCUACAAACAGGUGAAAUUAGGUGAAGAUGCCCCCAAUUCCAGUGUGGUGCAUGUCUCCAAUUCUGAAGGAGGAGACAACAGUGGGGAUGGUGCCCAGGAGAAGACAGUUGAUGGAACUGAGUGCCACCUUCUUGACUUUGCCAACCCUGAGCGCCCACUGGUUGUCAACUUCGGCUCAGCCACUUGACCUCCUUUUACCAGCCAGCUGCCAGCCUUCAGCAAACUGGUGGAAGAAUUCUCAUCAGUGGCAGACUUCCUGUUGGUCUACAUUGAUGAGGCUCAUCCUUCAGAUGGUUGGGCGGUGCCUGGGGAUUCUUCUUUGUCUUUUGAGGUGAAGAAGCACCGAAACCAGGAAGACCGAUGUGCAGCAGCCCACCAGCUUCUGGAGCGUUUCUCCUUGCCGCCCCAGUGCCGAGUUGUGGCUGACCGCAUGGACGACAAUGCCAACGUAGCCUAUGGGGUGGCCUUCGAACGUGUCUGUAUUGUGCAGAGACAGAAAAUUGCUUAUCUGGGAGGAAAGGGUCCCUUCCACUACAACCUUCAAGAAGUCCGGCGUUGGCUGGAGAAGAAUUUCAGCAAGAGAUGAAAUCUAGAUUAGCUGGCUAAAGGUAUGAUUGUAAUAGAGCUUUUUUUUUUUUAAAUAAAAACUAUGUAAGAAGAAAAAGAAACUAAGAACUGAAUCCACUAUUUCAACUGAGUCCUGUUGUCUCACAGAAAGACAGGAAUUUACACGUCGGAAGAACAAAAACUUCUAACAUCUCAGUACUACUUUCACCACUCAAAUGGCGUUCGGCAAAAUAGUAGCCUAUCACUUCUCUUCCUAAGUAAAAAGCUCUGAGUAAAAAGAUCCCAAGAUGGAGAAGAAGAAAACUUGUUUCAGCAUACGUUCAUUCUGCCCUGAGAAAGAAGUGGAGCAGCUGACGCAGGCUCUGGGACCUGAGGAGACGCGCGUGAAUGAUUACUAUGUUAGGGAAGCUACUGUCCUUGUUAGUAUGAGGGGUCUCACCUAGGCUUUACUCAGCACAGACGGAGUCCACCUGGGUAGUUCCCAAGUGUUUACUUAUAAUGAAGCCUUGAGCGCAGACCUUGUGGUUAGGAGCUAGGUGAUUACACGUUAGAGUAGCUUCCUUGGUUCUGGUUUCUAGCCACGUAGCGCUUGCUCUCUGCUGGUCUAAAUAUCCCAGAAUUUACAGGCAUGUUUGCAGAUAUCACGAAUGAUCCCCCCCCAGAGGGUGAGACUGACCACCUGAAAUCUGAUGGUUACUUUCUAGGCAGAGGCGUGGGGCGGAGGGGGAAGUGCUAGAGGAAAAUCAAAUUGGCAGGCUAGGAAAAGGAGGCAGAAAGUUUAGGAGGCAUCAUAGGGCAUCGCCUUGGAACUGUGGAGAGUGGGACUCAUCUGUUAGCCACAGAAACAUGGAAACAUGCACAAGGCUAGCACAAGAAGCAGCUCAACUGAAAUAGCAAAGAGAAUAUACAUAUGAAAUCGAUGUAUUUAUAUGUUCUUAGAUUGAGGAAGAAAGGGGGAUUGAGUGGGGAAAGAUGCACUUUAGUAUUUGUAUUACUUUUUGAAACAUGUUUGUGGUAUAUGUAUUUUCAGUCGGUGAAUUAUUCCCCAGGGUACUGAUGGAAGGUCAAACCAGUGUGUCCAGGGGUGCUGGUCUGUCCCUCUUCAUCCCUGCAGUUCUGAUGUGGCCCCACUCAUUCUUGGUCUCAGUGUCUAUGGCAGUGUUCUCUGAAUGUUGAUCAGCUUCUGUGGGAGGCAGAUGCCCUGGCUAUUCAGCUUCAGCACUAUUUUCCUCCCAAAGUAGAUAAACUAUAGUGAAUGACAGGUAAAAACAAACAAGGUUUCUUCAGUUGCAUAAUAGAGGAAGAAGAAUUUUGAGAUAAUUCUCAUCAGUAAUUUUGGAGGCUUUGAUAAUAAGGCAAUCCUCAGUAUCGUGGAAUUUGGCAAAAUGAAACUCCCAUCAAUAUUUAAAUUUGAACUUGGGUCUAACUUUGUUUCUCUAAGCUGAGAGCAAGGAAUCUAAGGCUUCUAUAGUACGUUAUUAUAAUACUAUUUUAAUAUAUAUAUACCAUAUUUCUCUUUAAAGUGAAGAUACUAUAGUUUUACUUAUAAGUAAACCUAACCUCCAAAAGAAUAGCCCAGCCAAUUUUGUAUCAUACAAUUUUUAUUGUAAAUUUGAAGAUGUUAUCAAAUCACAGUAUAUGGUUAUAUUUAUAUGUACAAUCAAAGGUUCUCAUGACCAUUCUAUUAAUAAUUGAAUCAUAAAAUGAACUUAAUAGAGAAAGAUAUCUAAAUUUGAAAAUCUUCCUGAACUAGUUGCCUGAAAUGAGAAAAAGUGAAAACUAAGUGUGCAAGAACCAAAAGUCUAUUUUUUUAAAAAAAUGGAGCAACAGAAUAGUCAUAUCACUACAUAGUUGAUUACUUAGAUAGUAAAGCACCAUUUUAACUAAUUAUUUUUUAACUGCAACAUUUAAGAUUCCUAGGGUUCUAAACUCUAAGAAACAUACCCACAGAGAAAGAAAGCAAAUUUUGAAAAUGUCUAAGGAAUUUCUGGAAAAAUCACGUGGAGAACAGAUUAUUUCAGAGUCCUCAAUUGUUAAACUCUGUAACUCAAGGCUUAUCAGUGGGCUCCACUGAUUUCUAUCUUCAAAAUGGUGCUGAAACUUCUGUGGUACCCUGGAGAAAAAAAAUGAAGAAUUGGUGGCAGCACACUCACACUGUUGUCCUUAAACUUCCCCUUUGUUCUGCACGUACAGUAAUGGAACAGGAUGUUAGAGAAGCUGGUGGGGGGAUGAGAUUUGGGUAAGGCAGUCAGUGCUAGUUGUCUGGGGAAAAGGAUGAUGGAAAAAUUACCCAGUUGUGAUAUUAUUUUUAAAGAAAGAGAAGGUGUGUGCAUGCAAUUCCUCUCCCUGAGGAUAGACCAAUGGAGAAGCGAAGCAGAGGAAGUAAACAUACAAAGGCACAGGCUGAAUAUCAGGGAAAAAGGUUCAACUGAACAUAGAAGAGUUGCUGGAAGAAAGGCUGUUGGGGCACCGGCGGAGAAAGUGAAUCGACAAAGCUCAGGAACUCUACGAGAUGCAGAAUGGCUCGGUGUUCUCAGAAUUGUGAUAAGCCUGUAUCGUUACGUAGCUUAUUUAUCUCAGCAUAAACUCUUACGGUUUCCUGUGAUGUAUCUUUAUUAGCUUAACAAGAACUCAUUAUUUGAGAUAGAGGAGAAUCAAUGUUUAGCUAGUAUGCUCAGAGAAAUUAUUAGAUUGUUAACACCCACCCCACCUAUCCUGUCUUUUACAAGUUACGUUCCUUUGAAGACUUGUAGUUUGUAUUCGCACAAGGCAAAGUAUAUAUAAAUAUAUGAUUUCCUCUUCUUAGUACCUAAGCAUCCACCCCAAAGGCUAUGUUUACGUGGAGCUACCAGUUUAGCCUUUAAACUGAAUUAGCUUGUCUAUUAUUGAAAUAGUUUCCAAGCAAUGUUAAAUAUUAUCACAGCAUCUGGAUUUACUCAUUUAAUGUUUGAAAGACGUGUGUCUUGGAACUAUUCAAAGCUGACUUAAUUUUAUUGCUUAGAGAAAAUAUUAGUGGAAUCAACAAUGACUUUCUUGAGUGGACAUGAAUGAAAAGCCUGCACAAAUGGGGUGUAAGUAUUUGAUAACAGAUAUUAAAAUGUAGCUGAUCUCCUUCGAAGCAGGUUACUAAUGCUAUUCUUUGCACAGCUAACAUGCCAGUCAUUUAACUGAUAUGACUUUUCACAUUCAUGUUUUCAGAUCUCUGGUCCUGUGUCUUCACCUUGUUUAUAGAAUGUACCCCUGGUUUUUGGUAAUAUCAACUUCUAAAGGUCUAUUGAUUUAGUUUAAUUCUCCUGUCAUUAAUCAGGAAAUGCCAGUUCUGUGAAGAAGGAAAGAAGAAAGGUCUGCUGUGUUUCAUUUUGCCUGAGUGUGUUUCACUUUUUGGGUCUUGAAUAAAAGUUAAGAAAUACGGUGAGGUCCUGUGUGGGUGCUGCCUUGCUGCAACAGAUACCAAGGGGCAGGUUAAAGACAAUGCCCAUGCCUUUGGGACAAUUCCCCGUUGGAUACAAGGUGACCUCAGCAUGCCCAGUGGGCUAUGUCCAUGGCAAGAGGAAUGCAUUGAUGUGCAAGACUUCCCAUCCUGUAAGUCGUAAGAAGAUAAACACGGGCAUUUUUUCUACCUAAUCUCUGAUAGUUUGGAAAAUAAGCUUAAUUAGAAUCACAUGGUCAUUGCAAAGGGGAAAAUGUAGACACCAAUGCCUGCUACAUUGAAGAAUUGAUAAAAAAAAAACCAUUAACCAGCAUUUAAAACUGUUUAGAACAUGCCCAAUGUUAUGUCUCUGAGCAGUGGAGAUCAACUGUGAGGCUUUUAAUUCCAGGAGUUUUUUCUAAAGAAUUGAUAUUGCCAAAAAUCAGAACUAAAGUGUUUUUAGUUAUAUUCCACCCUCCUCUCUACUUCCUCCUUAAUCUUAAACAUAGAAGCUAGGCCCAUGCUUCUUAUGUAAGUCCAGAAUGGGGCAUAAGUACCAACCUCUGCUUGGUGAUCAGCAUUCUCUUGGUAGUAUCCUGAGGUCCCCGGUGAAAGAAGGGGAUAGGGCCUGGGAGAUUCAGGAAAUUACUAACUGGGAAGAACUAGGCCCUGAGGGCUUGAUCUGCUGGUCUGGGAAAAUUUCUUCUCGCCUUUGGAGAAGAGCUGAUGAUUGUCAUUGAGUGACUUAAGCAAAACAUUACUAACAUGUUUUCUUAAACAUGAGCAAAACUUGGGCCAUUUCCUAAUGCCUUAUGUUCUGGAUAGCACCAGAAGUAAGGUUUCAGAAUUAAGAGAUCCAGUUCUGUUCCAAGAUGAGUCUGAACCAAUAGAAAGCAAACAGGUACAGAUGUCCAAAUGAUACUGUUCACGCAAGCUGGGGCUCACUGCCCAUCUUGGGCAGCAGCACCAGAGCUCCAGAGAGUUUAUUUAAUAUUUACCUAGGAGACUUCGAAGACACAGGAGAUGUUUAAUGAAGUCACUAUUUUGGCUCAAAACUCCCCCCUUCCUCCAAAAAAGCAAAUAGGUAAACACAUAAAUGAAAGAAGCCCACAGAAGGGAGUGGGAAAUAAAAUUCUCUCAAGACAUAUCCAGACCAUGUCACUGGUUGGUGUGGUUUUUGUGUGGGUUAAGAUUGGAAGAUGUGAAGACAUAAGUAUCCAGUACUUUAUAACCAAAGCAAUUAAAAGAUGUUGGGUAGGGAACGUUGGCCAGUUCUAUUUAAUUUUGCAUCACAUUAUCACCAGACUCUAUCACUAGCCCAAGUAAUCGGGCACCCGAAGAGGGAGAUCGGGAUGUGCAGAAGUUACCAGUGUGCAAAUGAUAACUACUGAUGAAAGAGUCCUCGACUCAGUUAGUGGUUGGAUGUGGUCACAUCUGUUUGCUUCUGCCCAUCUCUGUCUCCCCAGCAAGGAGGAUACUCGGGGCAUGAUGCUAUGAGUACUGGGUAAAUGUGGUGAGAAUGUGUGUGUGUGUAUCUCUGCUUCUCAGUUGCAGAAACAGAAAUGCUUUGGAGAUUAUGCGUAGAAAGAGUGUUAUUAUAUUGGUGCUGAGUGGUAUGUGUGCUUUUAAAUUUGUUCUUGUAUUUUAGUAAACUUUGAAUAAAAGAAUAAAGUUA